AUGGAUACGGUAAAUACCUAUAAUAAGCGCGCCGCCUAUGGGUUCUUGAGUUAUAUGCAUGAUGAUGCAAGGAGCUCGCCCCGUGAAUGGCAGCCUCCACAUGCCGGUAUUGAUAAUGUCCCAGAAGACCUCGCUGCGGAGCCGUCAGAUGAAGAAACUCGCAGCUGGAUAAGCGAAAACGUGACUUUUGCACAGGUCGAUAGACUGGUUUACAAAAGUCUCAAAUCCAAAGUCGGCAUGGAUGACAUGCCAAAGACCCCUUGGCAUUACGACCCGAAGCUUCUGCACCGUGGAUUCUCCGCGAUGAGACAAGGCAGGAAAAGCACAGCCCGAACCAUCUUUGAUCUAAUAGCACCGCAGAUGCCAAUAACCGUGAUUCUCGGGGUCAUUCAUCCGCUGCUAGAUCUGUGCGCGCCCUUCAGCCUGUACCAACUUCUCGAAUACAUCCGGAACCCAGAGGCAGCUACAUUACAGCCGUAUGUGUGGCUUGUCAUCAUGUUUGUUGGUCGCCUGCUAGAGAGCAUUAUCUAUCAAAAGUUCAUAUCGAUCACUCGAAGACUUUCCAUGUAUUGCGAGAUCAUGCUAACCGGCGAGGUCUUUCAUGCCGCCCUCAAUUCACGCGAGCUGACGGGCAACUUUCUCAAAGAUGCCGAGCAGAAAGAGGACGAAGCUGCCGAGACCAGAGAGGGCACAGCGACGGGUAUGCUCGAAAAUCUUAUCUCUACGGAUAUGGGAUCGGUCACAUAUUUUAAUGUUAUCCUCAUGGCGAUCACGCAAAUGCCCUCGUCUGUCUUGGCAAUGGUCGGGCUAUACAAUGUCAUCGGCUGGCCCAUGUUUGUCGGCAUAUUUAUUGCUUUACUCAGCGCACCAAUGGCAAGAUACAUCUCGAGUUAUACGCUACGUUUCGAGAAUAAGGUCAAAGCUAUUCAAGACGUCCGAGUCUCAAUGUUGUCUGAGUACCUACAAUCCAUCAAAGUGAUCAAAUAUUUCGGAUGGGAAAACUCAAUCGUGGACAGGAUCAAAGGGGUACGUGCAGAGGAGCAGAAACAGAACUGGUACAUCUCGAUGUGCUGGAUUGUAUUCGCACAGGUGAAAUCUUGGAUGCCAAUCGGCUCGAUGCUGGCGAUGUUCGGCCUCUACGUCGGCGUUCUGAAAUUGCCCAUGACUGCUUCUGUCGCCUAUACAACUGUCUCGCUGUUUGAAACUGUCCGGGGUGACCUUGACUUCUUCGCCUCCAUCAUUGUGGAAUGGCCAAUUAUUCGAGUGUCUCUGCGCCGUUUCGAUAGCUUUUACGCUGCUCUCGACCCACUCGACCGUUACCCGGAAGGUCCUGUACGGAUUGACCGUGCAACCUUUCGUCGUAGCCGAACCGCUGAUUUUCGUUUAUCUGAUAUUACUAUCCAUUUCGUCGAAUAUGGAUUGAAUACCAUCACUGGAACAAGCGGAAGUGGAAAGACAACGCUGUUACUGGCCCUACUCGGGGAGACGAUCAAGGAAACCGGCAGCGUUUCUCGACCAAGAGAUGCAGCGUUUGCGUCACAAACCUCUUGGCUGCAAGCCCAAACAAUUCGUGAGAAUAUUCUGUUCACACUCGAAUACGAUGCGAAGCGCUAUAGCAGUGUCGUGAAGGCAUGCUGUCUUGAUGUGGACAUCGACGAACUGCCAGAUGGAGAUAAGACGCAGGUCGGCGCAAAUGGCGCUACCCUUUCUGGAGGGCAGCGUUCGAGAAUAGCCUUGGCCAGAGCGAUCUAUUCAUUCGCCCCCUUAUUAAUCCUCGACGACAUAUUCUCGGCGCUGGACACCAAGACCACGGUUUUGCUAUGGAACCGCGUUUUCUGCUCCGAGCUCGUCAAGGGCAGGACCGUAGUACUCGUCACUCAACUGAAUUGGGUUACUAGCGAGGCAGAUCUGUCAAUUACUCUCGAAGAUGGUGCCGUUAAGUCAACGCACCAUAAUAUUGGGCAUGUUCGCGUGCCACAGUCUUUAUCAGUCGCAGGUGAUGAGGGCAAAGACCAUGCAGCGCCAGUCGCUCAAGUUGAGCAAAUAUCGGACAUGGAAGAACAGGAAGAGACGAAUGUGAUUGACGAAGAAGUGGAACAGAGCGGUGUACUCGGCGGCUUUCCUGUGCUGCAAUAUAUAAUGUAUUUCGGCAGCCCGACCGCUGUCAUCGUGACAAUGGUGGCAAUGCUCUUCCAAACGACAGCAGCGAUGAUGACAAAAUACUGGCUGAAGAUUUGGGUCGACCACGAUGACGCCGAUGUUUCGGCUACUGCUGCGUUUUACCUCUCCGUCUUUGUGGCACUGAAUUUCGCGGAAAAUGCAGUUAGCUCAACGUGCUAUUGGAUCUUUAUGAGAGGAGCCUGGUAUGCUGCCAUAACGCUUCAUAAUCGGGCCGUUAAAGCCCUGUUCAAUGUCUCUCUUUCAUGGUACACUGAGCAUCCCGUGGGCCGGGUCAUCAAUCGUAUGUCUGGCGACAUCGGGACCCUGGACAAUGAAAUCAUUGUCACGGUGUAUCUUACCCUUCAUGUCAUCAUUCUCUCACUCAUGAUGCUGAGUGCAAUCACUUUGAUUCUCCCCAUUUUCCUCGGCCCGACUGUUUUACUUGCUGCACUUGGCAUAUCUGUGGGAGUGGCGUACAACCAGAUUGCCAUCUAUCUCACGCAUUUGGUUUCAGCAAGCCGAUCGCCUGUUCUGUCUGGAUUCUCUGAGGGACUGAGUGGGAUGGCGGUCAUUCGCGCGACCUCGACUUUGCCAAGUAAACUCUCGGAAAAUCUAGCCCAGCUUCUCUCAACGUCGGCUCGGGCUUCUAUGUCACAAAUCGACGCAGACCAGUGGAUCAAAAUUCGAAUCAAUACCAUUGCGGGAUUGAUCAAUGUUUGCGCUGCAUUUCUUGCCAUUCGGGAGAGUGGCAGACUAUCUGCUGGAAUUGUGGGAUUUUGCCUAUCGCAAGCGACAGAUAUUAGCUCGGCUAUCUUGAUGCUCGUGUUUCAGGUCCACGGGAUGAAUCUGGAACUGCAAACAUUUCAUCGUGUUCGGGAGUAUGGCAAGCUACGGCCAGAGGAAGAGCUGCUGAGCCAAAUGACACCAGUUUCAGACAGUACAGCCGAAGUAGACGAGGCUGCUUCCCCAAACUGGCCUUCUUGUGGUGAAAUUGAAUUCAGGAAUGUUACCGUGCGAUACGAACCUGAAGGGCCAGAUAUCCUGAAGAAUAUUAACCUGCGGUUCAACCCAGGCGAACGCGUGGCGGUCGUUGGGAGAACUGGCAGCGGCAAGAGCACUCUCGUGUUAUCUAUGCUCCGAUUCACGCACAUAAUAUCUGGCAAGAUCUUGUACGAUGGUGUCGACAUCACAACACUUUCGUGUAAAAAGCUCCGACAGGCCAUUUCCAUGAUUCCACAGGAGUCGCAGCUGUUCCAAGGGACGCUCGCAGAAAAUCUUGACCCAACGGGAACAGCUUCCGAAGCUGAUUUGCAAAGAGCUCUCGAUGCCUGCCAAUCUAUCGUUGCAGUCAGAGCGACACAACCACAGUGUUCCACUUCUUACCAAGACGGCGAACCCGACACCGAAGACUCUGAGGGCCUGACGCUCAAGACACAAGUCGCAUCAAAGGGCGAAAACUUUUCUCACGGACAGCGUCAGAUCUUGUCGCUGUGUCGCAUCUUGGCGAGACGAUCAAAGUUGACGCUUCUCGACGAGGCGACUUCGAGCAUGGACUCGGAGACGGAUACUGGCAUCCAAACGGCAUUGCGCAAGGCUGUAGCUGAAGACGCGGGGCACUGCUUCGUCACCAUUGCUCACCGUCUAAAGAGUAUUGCUGAUUAUGACAAAGUGGUGGUCAUGGGCUCGGGUGAAGUGUUGGAGGUGGGUACUCCACGGGAGCUCAUGGAGAGAAAGGGCAGCUAUUAUGAUUUGGUUAUGCACGAUCUUGAUGCAGCCAUGGCUGCGGAUAGCCAGUAA